GUUCGAGAGGGCGGCGGCUGCUCCUAAUCCCGGUCCUGGUCCUGAUCUCAUUCCGGUCGUGACCCCGGUCCUGGUCACCAGCUCUGGUGAAUUCUGACCAUUUCCCUGCCUCUCAGGCUGUGUGAACAUGUGGAUAUCUGUGAAAUAAAUGACUGUUUUGACAAAGCAAUGGCCUCUCAAGAAUUCACUGUAUUAUACACUCACCAAAAGACAAAAAAAGCAAAAACGUGGCAAGAUGGAGUUCUGAGGAUUAGAGCUGGCAGAAAUCAGGCCACCUUGUUUGAUGACAAAGGACAAUGCCUGGAGAGCAUUUUUCUAAAAUCUCAGGUGGCUGCUGGAGAUAAUUUAGAAAGUGAACGAUAUCUGAUCACAGUCGAAGAAGCAAAAGUGAGUGAAAAACCUUUGGAAGAUCAGCCAAGGAAAGCAGAAACUCCAGCAGUGGAUAGAAAUGGGGUCAUACCUGGUCUGCUGCCUCCAAGACACCUCCCUGUUGGCCUGAAAAGGAAGUUCACGGGGUUCCAAGGGCCACGCCAGGUUGAGAAGAAAAUACCAGCUGUGGAAGAGGAAGAAAAACCAACACUGUUGCCGUUAUCUAAGCAGUGCCAGGGGACUUUUCCAUCCCAGUUUUAUGUCACCUCUCCGUUAUUUUCCACAAUUCACAAGAAGGAUGCAGACACAAAUCUCUCUGCAGGCUUCCAGGAAGAUGGAUGGAGGGGCAAUGCCAGAGAACACUUGUCUGUCUCCUCGCUGCUUUCAGCUCCAUUUCCUGACAGAUGUGAGGGGACAGAGAAGCAAAGCCCUGCUCAGCUCCUUGUGAAGCCAGAAUCUCCUCUCCUUACUGGGCAAACUGGUCCCAGGGCAGUGUCCCACAACAUCAGGAGCACGGCACAGAUCCUUGCUCUUCUGAAGUCCAAACCAGCACAGGGACACGGAGAACAAACACCUGCACUUACACAAAGUCUCUCCAGGUUUCAGGCAGCCAAAAAUGCGGAUUUAUGUGACCAAAAGAGCACGGCCCUACCUGCUUUUCCAGGUGAUGCUGCCAAAGGAAUCGUUCCGAACACUCAGCACCUGCCUUUUAGGAAGGGAACUGUAAAUGACAGGAAGGACUGGAAUGCUGAAAUGCCUCUGAAUUCACCUGAACAGCCUUUUGGUGAAGAAACCACAGGACAGAGACACGACAAAAAGCCCAGCUGUGUGGACAGUUUAUUACAGGAGACAGAGCCAUAUAUUCCACCAGUAGCAGCAGCCCACAGAGACCCUGGGCCAUCUGACUGGCAACCAAAGUCUCCAGGUUCCAGAAGUCUCCAGGGGGAUGAUCUGGAUGUUAUCAGAGAAGGGAAUUUUCAAAUGGAGCCUGAUGUGAUGGAAGAGUCAAGAAUAAAUCAGUCCCCACUGGCAUUCCACGUGUGUCCUGAAGUGCCAGCAUGGACAAUGGCAGGCUCACCUUCACAUUCUGCUCUGAGACAAGCACAGUGGACUUCCUGGGAACCUGGCAAGAUUUCCUCAGAACUGCCUUCCUCAUUUGAUCCAGAUUCUACAGUUUCUCCACCUUCAGGAAACGAGGAAAGCAUUGGAGACAUCCAGGAGCCCUUGAUACAAGGGAUCUUACCACGGGAACCAGAACUCCCAGAUGUUUUUUUCACAGGGGAGAAAUCCAGCUAUCCAGAGGAAUGCAGCCUGCCAAGAUCCAAAGCCACCCUUAAAACACGGACUCCGUUUGUCACCCUUCCUGCCACCGAGGAGAUUCCUGGCGCGUUUUAUCCCACUGACAGCGAAUUUCCUAUUCCAGUGGAAUUUCCUAUGAGUGCUCCCGGCCCCGAGGACAGGAAUUGUGAGACUGCCGUGUUUGGGGAGUACACGGAAGACGGACAAAGGGAAUCUGUACAGCCCCUGCUCCCCAAGGUGACUUCCCAACACAGACAAAGCAAGUGGCUGAAGUAUCAAAACAGCGCUCAGAGCGACUUGAUCCCUCACCCCAGCGAUGACAGGGAAGAGACUGCUGACAUCUGUGCCCAGAGCAUCCUUGGAAUGCUGCAGGGUGACACGGGAGAGAGUGGAGCUGGGAAUCAAAGGGCUCCUGGUGCUGCCCCUCUGCUGAUAUCCAAGAGCUCCCCUGGGGAAUGCUGUGCAAGCAGCACCCCCCCGGAUUGGAUUUCUGAGGGGAAGUUACUUUCCCCGCACUUAAGUCAGACACCUUUGGCUGCGGCAACACAAAAGGUGUUGAGUCACCUGAGCUGCCACGCCGGAACAGGAGAGGGCCAGGACAUAAGAAUUUCUGAGUUGUCUUUUCCCAGCGGGGAUAAAGUGAAACGUGCUAAUCUCCCUAAAAGAACGAUCUCCAUCCCAGCUGUGUUCCGGUCUCAUAUUCAUUACAAACAGAUUUUCAAAGCUGCUCUGACAGAGCAAUUGAACGUAAUGCUGUUUGAGCUGUCCCAGAGAUUGCACAAUGCACUCUCCAAAGUGGACAUUUCAUUUUACACUUCAGUGAAAGAUGGGCAAAGCCAGAGCCAGGGAAGCUGUGCUCCACUCUGCAACCACAUGCACCCUGCUAAGCUGGUCAUGGUCAAAAAAGAAGGCCAAAACAAGGGUCGUUUGUUCUACGCCUGUGACGCCCCGAAAGCCGAGCAGUGCUCGUUUUUCAAGUGGAUAGAGGAUGUGAACCCCACACAGGCAAAAUCCAGACCCAGUGCAGUGCUCCAUGAUGUCAAAAGCAUUGGGACGUACCUCAGAAGCCAAAGGAUUGCUCUCUAUGAGGAAUGCCAGCUUUUGGUGAGGAAAGCCUUUGAAAUUCAAACCCAGAAGUACAGUAAGUUCAAGAAAUUUAUGAAUACACCUGCCAGCUUAGAUGGUGACUCCAAACCCAAAUUAUACCUCAAAUUAAGCAAAAAGGAGCAUUCUUCUCUCUACAGCAAAGAUGAUAUUUGGGUGGUUUCCAAGACUCUGAACUUUGAUCCCAUUGAUACUUUCAUUGCAAGCAGUGCUUUCUUUGGACCAUCCUCCAACAAUGAAAUAGAAUUGCUGCCACUGAAGGGCUACAGUCCCUCCAACUGGAGAUCAAACAUGUGUGUUCACGCCCUGCUGGUUUGUAAUGCCAGUGGGGAGCUGGCAUCCUUAAGAAAUAUGGAGGAGCACUUCAAUCCAUCCACAUUCCCACUAAUCCCAUACCUACUAAACAUGAAUUUCCGUUCUGAAAAUGCUCCUAAAAGAGUCGACAGAAGAAAAUUUACUCCUCCUGCCAUGAGGCUGAAAAGCUCAGUGAUGGCUGGCCCUGUCAGCUCUGAGGUGGCCACGGGCCUGGCUGAAGAGAUGAUCCAAAGGUUCUCCCUGAACCCCGACCAAGCGGCGUCGCUGCUCCACAUCGCUCGGAUGAUGAGCUCGUGUGGGAACAUCACAGCCGAGGAGGAGCAGCAGAGCCCCCCCAUCACAAUCAUACGUGGUGUUUUUGGAGCUGGCAAGAGCUACCUGCUGUCUGUGGUGAUCUUGUUCCUCGUACAGCUCUUUGAAAGCAGUGAAGCUACGGAGGGUCCAAGGCCAACUCCGUGGAAACUUCUCAUUGCUUCUUCCACCAACGUUGCUGUGGACAGGAUACUGCUGGGCCUGCUGGAGCUUGGAUUUGAGGAUUUUAUCCGAGUGGGAAGUAUUAGGAAAAUCACCAAAGCAAUUCUUCCCCACAGUUUACAUGCAGGCUCAGGAAAUGAAAACGAGCAGCUGAAAGAGCUGCUUGCUCUCAUGAAAGAAGAUUUGACUCCAGCUGAAAAAAUAUACGUCAGGAAGAGCAUUGAGCAGCACAAACUGGGGACCAAUAAAACCAUCCUGCAACAGGUGAAAGUGGUUGGAGUGACCUGUGCUGCCUGCCCCUUCCCCUGCCUGAAUGCUCUCAGGUUUCCUGUGGUGAUGCUGGACGAGUGCAGUCAGAUGACUGAACCUGCUUCUCUCCUUCCCAUCGCCAGGUUUCAGUGUGAAAAGCUCGUCCUUGUUGGAGACCCCAAGCAAUUACCACCAACUGUUCAAGGGUCUGAGAGUGUCCAUGAGCAGGGAUUGGAGCAGACCCUCUUUGACCGGCUGUGCUUAAUGGGACAUAAAGCAAUCCUCCUCCGGACACAGUACCGCUGUCACCCUGCCCUCAGUGCCAUCGCCAACGAGCUGUUCUACGGAGGGAACCUCAUCGACGGGAUUUCCGAGGAGGACAGAACUCCUUUACUGGACUGGCUCCCAACACUGUGCUUUUACAGUGUGAAUGGCAUGGAGCAGAUCGAAAGAGACAACAGCUUUUCUAACAUGGCAGAGGCUCACUUUGCAGUCAAGCUCAUCCAGGCUCUGAUUGCCAGUGGAAUAGAAGGAGCUGCUAUUGGUGUGAUUACUCUUUAUAAAUCACAGAUGUAUAAGAUUCAGGGUUUGCUCAGUGGGGUUCACUCUGAAGCUUUUGAAGUGAAACCUGUCCAGGUGUCCACUGUAGAUGCUUUCCAAGGUGCUGAGAAGGAAAUCAUUGUCUUGUCCUGUGUCAGGACGAGACAGUUUGGAUUCAUAGACUCGGAGAAGAGGAUGAACGUCGCACUAACGAGGGCAAAGAGGCAUUUGCUGAUUUUGGGAAACCUGGCCUGUUUAAGCAGGAACAAGCUGUGGGAAAGAGUAAUUCACCACUGCAAAGGAUGGGAAAAUGGAUUACAAAAUGCAAGCCAGUGCGAGCAGCAGCUCAAUGACAUUCUGAAGUGCUACUGGGAAGAACGGAAGGAAGAGGAGCGGAGUAAGAGGGAAAAAUAAAAUGUGUGCCUAUUUUAUUAAUAUUGUUUCUCUACAAAAUUGCUAAUUUAAUAUUUAUUUAAUGUGGUACUUGUUUGUUUGUAUGUCAUGUACUGAUACUUCUGUUUGA